AUGGACGAUGCAUUUAAUCCAGACAGCCUUGCCUUUGGACCUAACCUGUCUAGUGCCCCGAAUCGCGGGUGGAACUCAAACGUUUCCUUCCCAUCCCUUUGGGCCACUCCCGGGCAGCCUGCGCGGACAAUUUCGGCGGCCGUGAUCAUGCUACUGGGCUUGGUGGGUAACGGUCUGCUGCUGCAUCGGCUCCGCUGCGGCGGCUGCUGCUGCGCGGGUCGCUUUGCACGGCGGCGGAAGAUGGAUUUCCUCCUGGCGCACUUGGCCGUAGCUGAUCUCUACGGCUGCGGGCUGGCUCUACUCUCCCAGCUCCCUCCAGCAGCGGACGACGGCGAGGCAGAGCCCGGGGACGUAGAGUGGCCCGCGGGGGAUGCCACCUGUCGCUUGUUCCGGUUGCUGCAAGGCUCUGGGCUGCUGGCGCCGUCGCACAUGCUAGUGCUACUAGCGCUGGAGCGGCACCACAUGGUGAGGGGCCCUCAGCAGCCGCCGCCGCCGCAGCCGCGCCCGCUACCCUCCUGCAUGCCCGCUCGGGGAGCCCUGGCCGCGCUGGGCUGGCUGCUGACGCUGCUGCUCGCCCUGCCUCAAGCCUUCGUGUACAGGCUAGCCCCGCCGCGGGACGGACGCCGCUGCCUCAGCAUCUUCUCGCAGCUGCCCCCCUGGCACGGCCAAGCCUACGCCGUGUACCGGGCCAUCACGGGCUUCGUGGCGCCCGCCUGCCUGCUGGGAGGGACCUGCGGCCGCAUCCUCACCGCGCUGAGUGCCUCCCGCGCCAAGGAGGAGGAGCCGGCUCGGGGCUCGCCAAGCGCGCCCCGCAGCCUGCCACGCGCGCGGGCGCGGGCGCUGCAGCUGACUCUGGCGUUGACGACGCUCUUCGCGCUUUGCGGUUUCCCGCGCUUCGUUCUGGAGCUGGGCUUGGCUUUCGCCUUCCCAGCCAGCGCCACCGAGGAGACGCGGACCACUCUGGGCAGCAUCAUGGCCGCCACCAACUGCGCCCUCAACCCCUUCGUGUGCCUAAUAUUUCACAGCCACCGGCCGUGGGCACGGCGCCUCCAGAGCAGUCUCUGCCGCUGCCAGGACGGACAGCCUCGACGCCGGGCUCCCCACCGCCACCGCCCGCCUCCUCCACAGGUGGCUGCAGAGCGCACCGGACUCUGGCUUUGCCCCUGCCAGACGAAGCCGCCCACGGCCUCCGCAGUUGUCCAGCAGCAGGAGGCUGAGGCCCGAGCUGCUGUUGCUUGCGAGAGCGGAUUUUAA